CCCCCUUCCUGGAUGACCUUGAACCAAAAUCCAACAGGAUACUACUCCCUAACACAGGGACACCUGCUCAGUGUUACGUGGCAGCCUGGGAAGGAGGGGAGACUGUGGAGAACCAAUACGUGUAUAUGUGUGGCUGAGGCCCUGUGCUGUCCAGCUGAAACUGUGGUGAGAACUCAGAACGUUGUCAAUCAGCUGUGAAAGUGCUAGUCGCCCAGUCCUGUCUAGGUCUUUGCGGUUCCAUGCACAGCUCUCUGCACUUCCAUGCACUGUGGCCCACUGGGCUCCUCUGUCCAUGGGAUUUCCCAGGCAAGAAUACUAGAGUCAGCUGCCAUUUAUUUCUCCAGGGGCUCCUCCCAACCCAGGGAUCAAACCUGGGUCUCCCCCCAUUGCAGGCAGAUUCUUGACUGUCCCAGCCACCAGGGAAGCCCUGUCGUCCAAUAUAAAAUAAGAAGUUUAAAGAAAAAGAGGGCUGUGUCCUCUCUUUUGGCUCAGGGUACAGCAUGAGGAAAGAGGUGGAGCCAGGAGUGGUGUUGGAACAUUUGAUCCCUCCUUAAGCCGGUAGAUGGCAGGGCCUCCUCCUUCUCAAGCAAUCACUGCACUGGAUCGCAGGACACAGUUCUUUGCCUUCUGGAAUGUGGCGGGUCUCCACGUCCCACGCUGCGCCACCCCAUCGGUCUCCAGCCUUGUCAGCUCUACUCCAAAGGGCCCUGCCCACAGGCCAUGUCAUCCUCCACCCGAGUGGCGCUGGUCACCGGGGCCAACAAGUGCCUUGGUUUUGCCAUAGUCGUGACCUGUGUCGGCGGUUCCCGGGGAAAUUGGUGCUCAUGGCACGGGACGAGGCGCGGGGUCGGGCAGCCGCACAGCAGCUGCAGACCAAGGGCCCGAGCCCCCUUUUCCACCAGCUGGACAUCACUGACCUGCAGAGCAUCCGGGCACUGCGAGACUUCCUGCGCAAGGAGUACGGGAGCCUCGACGCACUGGUCAACAACGAGGCCAUCGCCUUCCAGAAGUGGUACACAGGAGGUCAUAUGGGCUUCUUUCACUCAGCCUCCCCUGAUGAUGCCAUCUUAUUUGGUGAUCCCACACCAAUUGAAAUUCAGGCAGAAGCGACCAUGUAAACAAACAUCCUUGGUACCCAAGCUGUGUGCACAGAGCUCUGGCCUCUGAUAAAAUGCCGAGGUGAGUCCAAUGGAGCCCAAACUGCAGGGUUUCUGGCAAGAUCUGAGCCCACCUGCAUCUGGUCUCAUCCUUCUCAGCUGCACUGACUUCCACCUGGUGGUCACUCGGCAGGAUGCCCGGUGGCCUCUGGUCCCUCUACACCCUGCCCGAGUCGUUGGUGCUCUCUGUCCAUCUGCACUUUGCACAUUUGGCUCUUUCUUCUCUUUCCCAUCUUAGUUCAAAGGUCUCCUCCAAGAGGCCCUUCACGUGCUCCAUGCCCAUCACAGGGGGUGUCCUCUCAGGAGUCUUUCCCAGACCUUCUCUCUCCCGUGCCCCUCUCAGAGUGACCUGAUUUGGGUUUGUGGUGCUCAUACUACCACAUUCAUUCGACCCCUGAAGACUUUUCUGCUUCUGGCCACCAGAGUGUUUCUUCCUAUGGCACUGACAUGGUGUAUUACCAAUACAGGUUUCUAGAUGCUAAACCAAGUAUACAUACUUCGGUCUUUAAGGUUCAGGAAGUCCCCAGACUAUCCUGAAGUUCAAUAAUUCACUGUAAGGACCGAGAACUAGGCAAACAGCUAUUAUAUUCAAAAGGACAUGGUUUUAGAAAGGUGGACAGUUACUCAGUUCAGCAGUGGUUAAAGGUCUCAUGGCCCAGGGUCUAAGAAGCCCAGUAUGGAGCUGGGACUUGACGUCUCCCUGCAGACCCUGGGGGCACCACGUAUUUCUCCCCCAAACAGCCUGUGUCAGACACAAGGGGUAUUACCAAGCAGUGGGCUCGACCCAGCCUUGAUGUCCAGGGUUCUUGGUGAGGGGUGGUCACGCAGGCAUGGCCCACUGCCCUCAUGGCGGGCCCUGCUCUCCAGCCCAUCCAGGGGUCCAGCUAAUACCAGCUAGGCCAAGGCCGCCACCAUACUCACACACGAACAUGGACUAGGUAACCUGACCCUCAAACAAGUAAUUGAGGACAGUCUUCUCAGGCAAGGAUGUUCAGGCUUCACUGUUACCUCCCAGAUGUCCUGGAAUAGGGCUGAAGCUUCCUCUGGCCAAGCUUAGCCCCUUACUUAUAGAGAACACCCUCUGCACCUUCCUUAAGACUCCCUUACAUCAAAAGGAUCAUCGAGCAUCUAAGUUUAGCCUAGAUUUUAUUUAACAGAUACAGAAAGAGUACAGAAAUAACAUCUCUCAUCGGGGGCAGCCAGAGUGGGGUUGGAGUAGUUGAGAGCAACAGAUAUUCCAGCUUCUAAAGCCACUACUUCCAUUUUCAUGUGUUUCUACUGAUACUAAUUUGUUUUCAAUUUUUAUUGGAAGAUGGUUGCUUUGCAGUAUUGUGCUGGUUUCUGCCAUACAUCAACAUGAGUCAGCCACAGGGAUACCUACGUCCCCUCCCUCCUGAACCUCUCCCACCUCCCAUCCCAUCCACCCCUCUAGGUUGUUGCAGAGCACUGGGUUGAUCUCCCUGAGUCACACAGCAGAUUCCCCCUGGCUCCGUAUCUUGCACGUGGCAAUGUGUGUGUUUCCGGGAUCCUCUCUCAGUGCCUCCCAUCCUCUCCUUCCCCCACUGUGUGCACAAGUGAGUUCUCUACGUCUGCAUCUCCACUGCUACCCUGCAAAUAGGCUCAUCAGUCCCAUCUUUCUACUUUCCAUACACCUGCCUUAAUACACAAUAUUCAUCUUUCCCUUUCUGACUUACUUCAGUCUCUACAGUAGGCUCUAGGUUCAUCCACCUUGAUGAACUUGAAUGAAUCAAGUUCAUACUAACUUGAUUCUCGCCUUGAUCAACUGCUACUUGUACCUUCAGUUCAGUUCAGUCGCUCAGUCGUGUCUGACUCUUUGAGACCCCAUGGACCACAGCUCGCCAGGCCUCCCUGUCCAUCACCACCUCCCAGAGUUUACCCAAACCCAUGUUCAUUGAGU